AUGUCUUCUUCUUUCAAUGAAUUAUUAACCACCAACCAAACUAAGGUUUCCAUCAAUAUUGCCAAACAUCUGUUCUUGAAAGAAUCAAAUAAGAACAAGAACAUUGUGUUUUCGCCACUGUUUCUCCAAUUUGUGCUCAGCCUCAUCGCUGCUGGAUCUGAGGGUCCCACAAAGCAGCAGCUUCUCAACUUCCUCUUGUCCAAAUCCUCCGAUGAUCUCAACGAUUUUGCCUCUCAUCUCGUAUCCGAUACACUCAAUGACGCUGCUCCUGCCGGUGGCCCUCGACUCUCUUUUCUGGAUGGUCUAUUUGUUGAACAAACCUUUCCUCUUCAAGAUUCCUUCAAACAAAUUGUGUCUAAAAAUUAUAAAACCAUUCUGGCUUCCUAUGAUUUCAAAAACCAGGCUGAAGAAGCGGUUAAAGCAGUGAAUUUAUGGGUUGAAAAAAAGACAAAUUGCCUUAUUAAAGAACUACUUCCUCCAAGAUUAAACGAUCCCAACACUGGCCUCAUCUUUGCUAAUGCAUUGUUCUUCAAAGGAGCAUGGGAUCAAAAGUUUGAUGUUUCAAAAACUAAAGACUAUGAUUUUCACCUUCUCAAUGGAAGGUCAGUUAAGGUUCCUUUCAUGAUCACCAUGGAGAAGCAGUGUAUUCAAACUUUUAGUGAUUUUAAAGUUCUUCGUCUUCCUUAUAAGAAAGGUGGUGAAGAUAAGCGUCGAUUCUCCAUGUAUCUUUUCCUUCCAAAUGCAAAAGAUGGACUGUCGGCAUUAGUUAAGAGGCUGACUUCUACACCUAACUUACUCCGCAACUUUCUUAAUUCUCGAUUGGAAGUACGUGACUGCAGAAUUCCAAAGUUCAAUAUUUCAUUUGGAUUUGAAGCUACUGAUAUGCUUAAGGACCUAGGAGUGGAUUUACCCUUCUCUCCAAAAACUGUGAACUCUGAUGUGGGUCAUGGCCUUUUUGUUUCUAACAUAUUUCACAAGUCUUUCUUCAAAGUAGAAGAAGAAAGAGAAGAAGGCACCGAAGCUGCUGCAACCAGUGAUGCAGGCUUUUCAUAUAAGUGUGCUCGACCUAGAUCUAGACUAGACUUUGUUGCUGACCAUCCCUUCUUAUUUUUAAUUAGAGAAGAUUUGAAGGAAGAAAUCCUUUUUAUCGGGCAAGUGCUCAAUCCUCUUGCUAGGUGA